GGUUCGUCUUCUCUAAAGGACUCUUCCUCAGCAUUGAGGCCAGGCCAUGAGUUUUACCCCUCGAAACCUCACUUUUAACUACCCUUUUUCACAGACAAAGAAAACUCUUCUUUGGCUUCCCACGUCUUGCUUUUCACACAUAUAAAGUCCAAAACUUGACACAUACAGCCCUUUUCUUGAAAUUUGUUUUUGUGAGCCAAAAAAUGAGUAAUGAGCAGCAAGGUUCAUUUUCCGGCAAUGAGGAUUCCAAAGAAGAGAUGAAGAACGAGGAACAAGAAAGGAAGAAACCCCGGAAAAUUCCGCUGAUCAAACUGUUUAAGUUUGCCGAUGCUUACGACUAUUUUUUGAUGUUCGUGGGAGCAAUUGGUGCUUGUGUACAUGGGGCUUCGGUGCCCGUUUUCUUUAUUUUCUUUGGAAAAAUGAUAGAUAUCAUUGGUUUGGCUUAUCUUUUUCCUGCUGAAGCAUCUCAUAAAGUUGGCAAGUAUUCCUUGGAUUUUGUAUACCUUAGUGUGGUUAUACUAUUUUCAUCAUGGACAGAGGUGGCUUGUUGGAUGCAUACUGGAGAAAGACAAGCAGCAAAAAUGAGAAUGGCAUAUUUAAGGGCUAUGCUGAAUCAAGACAUUAGUCUUUUUGACACUGAAGCUUCAACUGGUGAAGUUAUUUCAGCAAUUACUAGUGACAUUAUUGUUGUUCAAGAUGCUAUUUCUGAGAAGGUAGGAAACUUCAUGCAUUAUAUAAGCCGUUUCUUCGCGGGAUUUGCAAUUGGGUUCAUCAGGGUAUGGCAGAUCAGUCUUGUGACGCUCUCCAUUGUUCCAUUGAUUGCUCUUGCUGGCGGUGUCUAUGCCUAUGUGGCAACUGGGCUUAUUGCCAGGGUGCGCAAAUCCUACGUUAAAGCUGGUGAAAUCGCCGAGGAGGUGAUUGCAAAUGUGAGGACUGUUCAAGCGUUUGCAGGAGAAGAUAAAGCAGUGAAAUCUUAUAGAGGAGCACUGUUGAACACUUACACUUAUGGACGGAAAGCUGGACUAGCCAAGGGCUUGGGACUGGGCACUUUGCACUGUGUGCUUUUCCUGUCAUGGUCGUUGUUAGUUUGGUUCACUAGCAUUGUAGUUCACAAGAAUAUUGCUAAUGGAGGAGACUCUUUCACCACUAUGCUCAAUGUGGUUAUUGCUGGCCUGUCACUGGGGCAAGCAGCACCAGAUAUUACAGCAUUUAUCCGGGCUAAGUCAGCUGCAUAUCCCAUUUUUGAGAUGAUUGAAAGAAACACUGUCACCAAUACCAGCUCCAAGAAUGGAAGGAAACUGGACAAAGUAGAUGGACACAUCCAAUUCAAGGAUGUGUCUUUUAGUUAUCCAUCUCGUCCAGAUGUUCUGAUCUUUGACAAGCUCUGUCUCGAUAUUCCUUCUGGAAAGAUUGUAGCACUUGUUGGAGGCAGUGGAUCAGGGAAGAGCACAGUUGUAUCAUUAAUUGAACGCUUCUAUGAUCCCCUCUCUGGACAAAUACUAUUAGAUGGAUCUGAUAUCAAGGAUCUAGAUCUGAAGUGGCUUAGGAAGCAAAUUGGGUUGGUAAAUCAAGAGCCUGCCCUCUUUGCUACAACAAUCAGGGAAAACAUUCUCUAUGGCAAAGGUGAUGCUACCCUUGAGGAAAUAACGCGUGCUGUAAAACUUUCAGAGGCAAUGACCUUCAUCAAUAACCUUCCUGAUAGACUUGAAACUCAGGUAGGUGAGAGAGGAGUACAAUUAUCUGGUGGGCAGAAACAAAGGAUUGCAAUUUCACGUGCAAUAGUGAAGAACCCUUCAGUACUUUUAUUGGAUGAAGCUACUAGCGCACUUGAUGCCGAAUCAGAGAAGAGUGUGCAGGAGGCUCUUGACCGUGUGAUGGUCGGACGAACAACUGUGGUAGUGGCUCAUCGUCUUUCUACCAUAAGAAAUGCUGAUAUUAUAGCUGUUGUUCAAAAUAGCAGAAUAGUAGAAACUGGAAGCCAUGAAGAGCUUAUUUCAAAACCAAAUGGGGCAUAUGCAUCUCUUGUUCAACUCCAGGAAGCAUCUUCCUUGCUUCGCCUACCUUCACAUGGAGCUCACCUGGGGCGACCUCUGAGCAUUAGGUACUCACGUGAAGGUAGCAUUAGGUAUUCACGCGAAUUAUCCCGCACAACAACAAGAAGUCUUGGGGCAAGUUUUCGUUCUGAUAAAUCUAUAAGCUGCAUCGGUGCUGAUGUACCAGAUAUUGUUGAAUCACGUCAUAUUUCUUCAGGAAGACUAUAUUCCAUGGUUAAACCUGACUGGAUUUAUGGAUUUGUUGGCACUGUUUGUGCAUUUAUUUGCGGGGCUCAGAUGCCUCUUUUUGCCCUUGGAGUAACUCAGGCUCUUGUAUCUUACUAUAUGGAUUGGGACACAACACGCCAUGAAGUUAAGAAGAUUGCUUUCCUCUUCUGUGGCGGUGCUGUAAUAACUGUCAUUUUUCAUUCCAUUACACAUCUUUGUUUUGGAAUCAUGGGAGAGCGUUUGACUCUAAGAGUGCGAGAAAAAAUGUUCUCUGCUAUUUUGAGAAAUGAGAUUGGAUGGUUUGAUGACAUGGACAAUACAAGUUCUAUGCUAGCUUCACGGUUGGAGAGUGAUGCAACUUUGCUACGAACUGUGGUGGUUGAUCGCUCCACAAUUCUCUUACAGAAUGUAGGUUUGGCUGUCACGGCAUUCAUCAUUGCUUUCAUCUUGAACUGGAGGCUUACUCUUGUCGUCAUGGCAACAUAUCCAUUGAUUGUUAGCGGCCACAUCAGCGAGAAACUAUUUAUGAAAGGCUAUGGUGGUGAUUUGAACAAAGCCUACCUCAAAGCCAACAUGCUUGCAGGCGAGGCAGUUAGCAACAUCCGAACUGUUGCAGCAUUCUGCUCUGAGGAGAAGGUGAUUGAUCUUUAUGGUCAUGAGUUGGUUGAACCUUCAAGGCGUUCAUUUAGGCGUGGUCAGAUUGCUGGGAUUCUUUAUGGAGUCUCUCAGUUUUUCAUCUUUUCCUCCUAUGCCCUUGCUUUAUGGUAUGGUUCUGAAUUGAUGGGCAAGGGACUUGCAAGCUUUAAAUCAGUAAUGAAGUCAUUUAUGGUUUUGAUUGUCACGGCCUUGGCCAUGGGUGAGAUUCUUGCUAUGGCACCAGACCUACUUAAGGGAAAUCAAAUGGUGGCAUCAGUAAUUGAAGUUCUGGAUCGGAGGACUGAGAUUUUAGGUGAUGUUGGAGAAGAUGUAACAAAGAUAGAGGGUAUGAUUGAGCUAAAGAAUAUCGAUUUUAGUUAUCCUUCAAGGCCAGAUGUGUUAAUUUUCAAGGAUUUCAAUCUGAGAGUAUCCCCAGGCAGAAGUAUGGCCUUAGUUGGGCAAAGUGGUUCUGGUAAAAGCUCUGUUCUUGCGCUCACACUGCGAUUUUAUGAUCCUACAUCUGGAAAAGUGAUGAUUGAUGGCAAAGAUGUCAAGAAAAUAAGAUUAAAGUCUCUCAGAAAGCACAUUGGCCUGGUCCAACAAGAACCUGCUCUCUUUGCUACAUCUAUAUAUGAAAACAUUGUAUAUGGUAAAGAGGGAGCCCCAGAAAGUGAAGUGAUUGAAGCAGCAAAAUUUGCCAAUGCACAUAGCUUUAUCAGCGCACUUCCUGAAGGCUACUCAACCAAGGUUGGAGAGAGAGGGGUUCAGCUAUCUGGAGGCCAGAAGCAAAGAGUGGCAAUUGCUCGAGCUGUUCUGAAAAACCCUUCAAUCCUUCUGUUGGAUGAAGCCACCAGUGCCCUCGAUGUCGAGUCAGAGAGGGUGGUACAAGCAGCUUUAGACAGGUUGAUGAAGAAUAGGACCACAGUAAUGGUUGCUCAUCGACUAUCGACAAUCAAGAAUGCAGAUCAAAUCUCUGUUAUACAAGAUGGGAAAAUAAUAGAGCAAGGGACUCAUUCUUCCCUCCUAGAGAACAAGGAUGGACCAUAUUACAAGUUAAUUAACUUACAGCGACACCAGCAGCAACAGCAAUAGGAACUGAUCAUUACAUGGUUUAGUUUCAAAGUUUUAUGACCAUUUUGAUACUUUUCCUUUGCAUCAUAUACUGUGACGGUAUUGUAUUUGAUUAUUUCUGU